UUCAACUUUUUGAAUUUAAGGUAUUUUAUUUUUUAUAUUAUAAUAUAUAAAUUUUUAUUCUUAAUAUUUUUAAAUUUUAAAAAAUAAAACAAAAUUUAACGUUGAAGGAUAAUAUGCAUCAUGUGCACGUUGCCCUCCGUUAUACAAUUACAUAUCAGCAUAAAUUUAAAUUUUGUGGACAUGGUGGCAAGUCGAACUUGGAAUUGAAUUCUACUUUCCGUAAUUUUAGCUUGUGGGCCCUUCCCGUCUCCAAUCCCGGCUAUACUCCCCUUCCCGGUGAGGCCAACCCAAUUGGGUCUCCAGUUACCCGUCGGAGGCCCAUUUGCCUUUAUCUCGCCGUCGUUUCUGACCUUUUGGCUCUUGAUUUGUUUGUGGUUUUGAUCGGGUACAGGGGAUCAGACAAUGUCCAAGUUCAUGGAAAUGAAAGCGGGUCAUUGGCUGCCUCCUCAGGGCAGCCGGAAAUUGUGCGCCCUUUGUCACGAGGUCCGGUGGCCGGAGUCUCCGAGAAGGCGAACGGCCAUUUUGCCGAUGUUGGGCGCUUGCGGUCAUUUCCUUGGAACAAUAGCAUGCUUUCAUGGCAGAGAACAGCUUUCCAUUUCCAACCGGAGAAGAAUUGGAUGAAUGAUCAUCGUUAUCCAUACAAGGGAGGUCGUCGUGGAUUAGCAACAUGGUAUGGAACAUCUCGAUGGUACAAGUAGCAGACAUGGCCGUCAAUUCAUGCUCGUCGAUGAGCUUUCACGCUGCUAUAUAGAGCAUCGGUCUCACACGCUUCCCCCAGCCAAGAAUGAGUGGCGCAUUGCUUCGUGGAUCUUCAAAGGUUCCCAGAGCGAAACGGUAGCAUCCAAGGCUUGAUUAACAGAAUUUGCCUUUUGGACCAUAUAGGAUUUGAAAUCAAAGGUAGGUUUUGUGGGUCUUGCUCUUCUUCCUUGAUGGUAUCUUCCUUGGUAAGGACAGAAGAGAUAAAAGGAACAGAAGAAACAGCAAAGGAUUUUGUUGGAACGCCACCACCGGCAUACCGAAUCUUUGAAAGGACCAAAAGUUGAGGAUGUGGGUAUGGGUAUGGAUCUGGAUCUAGUUGCUUGGUUAGAGACGAAGCAGGUCUGAACCCACAAACCCAGAUUCACAGUACUCAUUUUCAGAUGGGUUUUCUCCCUUUUACUAGUUUGUUUCACAGGAACAUUGCCGGAGGCUUUGAAGAGGGAGAAUCAAUGAGCUGCUGCCUUAUAACUUAUAUUUGUGGGGAUUGAACUAACAAGGGAAAAAUGUUUUCAAUUGGCAAGUAAAAAUAGUACCAAAUUUAGUGGAUUUCCCAGCUUUGUUCCAUUUUUGUGAAUCAGUAGAGAUUGGUUGAGAUGAAUGGAUUUGCAGAAGUUGAAGAAAAGGAAAGGGAAAGAGGAAAGAGGAAAGAGGAAAGGGGGGAAGAAAAAAAAUUUUUUGGAAAGGGUCUGGAUUUGCCAUGUAAAAAAAAGUCAAAGUUAAUGCUGACAUGUGCAGACGACGGAGGUUAAUGGUGCACAUGCUACAUAUAAAUUUUUAGAUGUUAAAUUUUGACUUAUUUUUCUAAACUCAAAAUCAUUGAGGAUAAAAAAUUAUAUAUUGUAAUAUAAGAGGUAAAAUGCC